AUGGACAAAUUGUUCCGGUACGAGGCAGCAUGGGAGCGACAUGAGGGGUUCCGCCCUACUUUGGAACAAGCACGGGGAUCGAUGCAUUGUCAAUCAGCCAAAGAGAUGUGCGAAAAAUUGAGGACGAUGGCGGGAUCUAUAUCUGCAUGGGGGAAGGAGUCUUUUGGUAAUGUGCGGUCUGAACUACGGGCGCUUCGUAAGCGGCUGCUUGAGCUGCGCUCGAAUCCGGCUCGUGUCAGACCUUCAUACGAGGAAAAGAAGGUGGAUCAGCGAAUUGUCGAAUUGAAUUUGCGUGAAGAAAUCUUGUGGCGACAAAGAUCACAAGUGCAGUGGCUGGCAGAAGGAGAUAGCAACACUCAAUUCUUCCAUCAAAAAGCUAGCUUGAGAAAGAGGAAAAACCGAAUAAACAAGCUGAUCCUUCAAGAUGGUACUGUGUGCGAGAAUGCAAAGGUGCUAGAAGGAGCGGCCACUUCCUUUUAUGAGCAGUUGUACAAGCCGGAGGAGACGAUCGGGAUUGAGAGUGAAGAUGAGAUAAAGAAUGCUUUAUUUCAAAUGUUCCCAACAAAACCUCUGGGGCUUGAUGGCUUCCCGGCGCACUUGUUCCAGAAACAUUGGGAUAUUUGUGGUAAUGAGGUGACAGCUAUAGUGCUUAGGUUGCUCAAUGGAGAGGACUCUUUGGAGGAGAUAAACAAGACAUUCAUUGUUUUAAUUCCCAAGUCGGCAUUUGUUCCUGGAAGGCUCAUUACAGAUAACAUCAUUACUGCUUAUGAAUGUUUACAUUUUAUGAAGAAGAAGAAGUGUAAGAAUAAUUCACACUGUGCACUGAAAUUGGACAUGAUGAAGGCGUAUGAUAGAGUAGAAUGGAGAUAUUUGGAAGCUAUAAUACUUAAGCUGGGUUUUGCACCAAGUAUCCUUUUCUUUAAGGCAAAGGUAGAAGGUGCAUCUUGGGUGAGGGACCGUGUACAAGAGUAUUGCAAUGCUUCUGGGCAGAAGGUAAACCUUGAUAAGUCCUCCAUAUUCUUUGGAAAAGGAUGUCCAGAAGAUAGGAGAAGUGAAAUUAAAGUUUUGCUUGAUAUUCAAAAUGAGAGCUUGAAUGAACAGUACCCUGGGUUACCCUCAGAUGUGGGAAAGCAAAAGAAUUGUGCAUUUCAGUACCUCAAAGAUCGAGUUUGGAAGAGGGUUCAAGGAUGGAUGGAAAGGUGCUUGUCGGCGGGGGGAAAGGAAAUUCUCAUUAAGUCUGUGGCGCAGGCCAUUCCGACUUACUCCAUGGCGUGUUUCUUGCUGCCAAGAGAAUUACGCCAGCAUAUACAUGCUUUGAUUCGAAAAUUUUGGUGGAGAAGUAAAGCAGGGGAAAGGAAGACAGCAUGGGUGGCAUGGGAUGCAAUGGUGAUGCCUAAGUAUAUGGGCGGCUUAGGAUUCAAGGAUAUUGAGCUCUUCAAUUUAGCUAUGCUGGCGAGGCAAGCAUGGAGAAUAUUGCAAAGUCCUGAAUCUCUGAGCGCUAGGGUGUUGAAAGCAGUCUAUUUUUCGGAAAAUGAUCUGUUGAAUACGGAGUUUGGAGAUAGGCCUUCGCAAAUUUGGAGAGGACUUCAUGCAGAGUGGAAGUUUUAA